CAAGUCCCCACUCAGAAAAAAACACUCGUCAACAGUACGUGUAGAUCUUAACUGCGGUUUCAGUCAAACAGUAAUCUUUCAAGAGAUUUAUCGAGGGAGAGGCUGCAGAUAUGGAGGUGCAGUGGCUUCUGUUGUUCCAUGGCCUGGUGACCCUUCUGGUGGUGGUGUCUUUCCUCUGUGGCCAAUGGCCUAUCUUCGACGACACUUUUAUUCAACGAAUCCACAUCUUCCUCACUUUUGGAGCAUAUGAUCAUCUCCGGUGACUCUCCCUCUUUCUGUUGACACACAUUCACACACAUGUACACCGGAAUUUGAGCUUGUUUCUGAGCUUUUGCUUCGUUGCCUACGCCGGAAUUUGAAUCAGGCGAUUAAUUGCUGCUAUUUGUGGCCGCAAAGGCAGCCAAGCCCUCCUCUCCCUUGAGUACUACUGCUGCGAUCGUCCUAACCCUACUUUACAGCUAAUAUACAUGGCAAUACUUGGAGUUACUUAUUAUAUUAUUGUACAGACCACAUUCCAGUACAUUCCUGGUUAUUACCUUGGUUCAAUGCACAGGUAUACAAGCUUGUUGGCAGUUGCUGUGGGUGUUAUACUGUUUUUAUUAUCUAGCUUUUCUGACCCGGGAACUGUCAAGGCUGAUAAUGUAUCUCAGUAUCUCUCUGCUUAUCCUUAUGACAAUAUCAUUUUCUCAGAGAAAGAAUGCACAACUUGCAAGAUCCUAAAGCCUGCUAGAUCAAAGCACUGUAGCAUAUGUGACCGCUGUGUUGCUCGGUUUGACCAUCAUUGUGCAUGGAUGAAUAAUUGCAUUGGUGAGAAAAAUACAAGAUACUUCAUGGCUUUUCUUUUUUGGCAUUUACUACUUUGUAUCUACGGAACUGUUGCCGUUGCACUUGUUUUAGCCGGUCAGUUAAGAGAACUACAAGUUGUACGUAUUCUUACAGCCUAUUACGGCAUUGAAAGAUCAUUCAGGAGUUUGGCUCCAUAUGUUGUACAGUGGCUGAUGGGGUCGUAUGACACACAAAUACUUAUUAUGGUUUUCCUGGCUAUAGUAUCUAUGCUGUUGGCUGGAUUCCUCGCAUACCAUUCAAAACUAUGUCUCACAAAUACCACCACAAAUGAGACUUUAAAAUGGCAAGAUUACUUGGGCUGGCAAAGGAAGGUGAAGGAAGCGAAAGCGAAUGCUUUGGCUCUAAGAGCAAGCGUGAAUGAAAUAGGCCAUGAAAAAAAGCAGCAAACAAACAAAUGGAAGGCCCUGUGUGGCAGAUCUCAUCUAGAGGAAGCUGAGGUUGUGAAAACCAACUUGUAUGACAAAGGGUUUUUGCAAAAUUCACUUCAGAUUGUUAUCCCACUCUCAACACGGCACUCAUUUCACAAUGCAAAUAAAUCAAAAACAGGGUAAUUUUGCAGUUUAGCCUAUUAACUAAUGAAUUAAUUGUUUGCCACUCGCUUGGCUCUCAAGAUAGGCAACUCCUCGGUGCCUUGAUACCUUUGGCAUGGGGCGUGCUGAUUACGGUUCCCGGACUGGCCAUUGCAUAGUUUUGGGGAGGGGGCAGGACCGCACCUAGGGUCGGCCGAUACUUGGCCGGUUACAGUUAACCGAUCAGUUGUUGCACCGAUUCCCUUACCGAUUCUGAUGGUUUGGUUCCUCAAUUUUUAUGUAUUCUUGUAGCCUUGUAGGAAAGCUAUGUAUUUGUUCUAGUACGAUUUGUAUCGAUUCUAGUAAGAUUGACUUGGAUAUACAAGUAAUGAGAUUGGGUCUCCAAUACUAAAUAUUGAAUCUUUUAUAAUAUCACCAACAAGGUCAAUUGGAAAUAGUUGAUUUUAAAUACUAUCCCAUAGUUUGUACUUCAAGACAUUAAGUGAAACAUUAUUGAC